AUGGCUGGAUACGAUCCUAUUGCUGUCAUUGGCCUAUCGUGUUGCUUACCUGAAGACGCCGCCUCACCAGAGAAGUUUUGGGAACUUUUGGUACCGUAUCAAAACGGGGUUCGUGAUGGAAUCCCGAUGCAUUCCACCAUCGUGGAAAAGACAAACUCCAUAAACUUCCAACAAAGGUGCCCAUUCUUGACUGAAGAUGUUAUGUCUUUCGAUGCCACCUUCUCCAACACGAGCCAAGCCGAGGCCACGGCAAUGGAUCUACAAGAGCGCUUCGCACUGGAAUUGGCGUAUGAGGCCUUUGAGAGUGCUUGGCUACCAAUAGAAGCUGUAUCCGGCACCAAAACAGGGUGUUUCAUGGGCUCUUCAACGUCCGACUACCGCGACACUAUCGACCGAGAUCCCGAUUCCAACCUCAGGUACACCCUGACCGGGGUCAUCACAGAAAUGAUUGCAAAUCCUACAUCAUGGUAUUACAAACUGAAGGGGCCCAGCAUGGUGAUACAAACGGUCUGUGGCGUCAAUUUGAUGCUCAACCCUGACAUCUCUAUUUAUCUGAAUAAUAUGACCAUGAGUACUAAGGAAGGCCACUGCAAGUCCUUUGAUGCUUCCGGGGACGGCUACUCGCGUUGA